AUGAUAGACCAGGAUGGAGCAGGAGUAGGUCGGGAAUGGCCACCUGGAGGGCAAGACCUGAACCGGCCUCCAGAGAAGUGGCUGGCCAGGCAAGGAUGGAUGAGGUCAGUGUGGGUGACUGUCAAUGCCAUCUUUGUGGAAACCCCCCAGGAGGUGAUUCGGGCUGUCCGGGGGAAGAGUGUCAAGCUCCCAUGCAGCUACCAAACUUCUACCUCGGACCGAAAUGGACUGAUCCAGUGGGAUAAGUUGCUGAGGAGUCAUUCGGAGCAGGUGGUCAUCUGGAACUUCUUGACCCAAAGCUACCUGUACGGUGACCGUUACCAGAACCGAGUCAACGUCUCCCGUGAUGCUGAGCGGUCGGACGCCUCCAUCGUCAUCGACCGGCUGACCAUGGAGGACAACGGCACAUACGAGUGCGCCGUCUCGCUGUUGGCAGACCUGCAAGGCACCUCCAAGUCACGCGUUCGCCUCUUGGUCCUUGUGGUACCGUCCAAGCCAGAGUGCGGCAUCAAGGGAGAGACCGUGUUGGGGAACAACAUCGAGCUGACCUGCGCCUCAAAAGAGGGCUCACCGGCCCCUCAAUACAGCUGGAAGAGCUACAACAUCCUGAACCAGGAGCGGCCCCUGCCCCAACCAGUCACGGGCCAGACCUUCCUCUUGAAGAACAUCUCCACAGACAUGUCGGGCUACUACAUCUGCACCUCUAGCAACGAGGUGGGGGCGGAGUCCUGCAACAUCACCCUGGCUGUCAGACCUCCCUCCAUGAACGUGACCCUGUACGUGGGCAUCGCGGUGGGCGUCACAGCUGCCCUCAUCAUCAUUGGUGUCAUUGUCUACUGCUGCUGCUGCCGGAACAAAGGCGAGGCCGACGACAAGGAGGGGGCCAGACCGGAUCGGAGGAUCUACCGGGAGCCCCCGGAGCAGAUAAGGGAGCUUCCCAGAGAGCCAAACUACGAGGACAGCUACAGGCAUGAAGACCAGAGGAGCUAA